AUGCCAUUCUUUGGCAUCGUGACCAACGCGGUGAUGCUGAACAGCAUCAGCAUCCUGUCCUCUAUCUUCCAGGUGGGCGCUCAGUGUGUUGCGAGUGAGAGGAUGCGAUUCAUAGUGCCCCCGAUCAUCUCAAUAGUCCUCACACUGUCAGGCUACGUGCUCUUCAUCCUCAGUUCCCUGCUGGUGAGAGAAGAUGGGGAGAUGGUCAUCUGGAUCGGACUGGCAAUAGUGGCGACCAUCUUUGUUUCACUAAACUGGUGGGAGAACUACAGCACCCUCUUUGAAAGCUCCUUCCUAAACAGUAUAUCUGAAGACAUGGCGAGAUCAAGGAAUGUGGUGGAGUAUCCUCUCCAGUCUGGUCCGGAUCCUGGUCACGGCGGCCGUGGUGGGGGCGUACGUCCCUCUGUCUGGCAGAGACUGGACAACGGUGACGUCAGUUCCAGAGAACGUGCGGUUCCUGAUCUUGGUGGCCGUCCAGAUAGCGUCAUCCGCUCUGUGCCAUUGGUUCGUGGUGGUGGCCUGCAAAAUGCACGCCAUGCGGCGGAGCUUCCUUCUACCCAUUUACCUGGCCUCCGUAGGUGUUCUGGCACCUUUCAUAGCUCCUGCCAUUAUCUUCUUCCAGACCUCCAGUGACUCCAGAGGUGCUAACUACACCAUCACAGAGUACUGCGAUGACAUCACAUAUGGCAGGGGCCUAAGCGGCGAUGCAGUGUGGUUCGAGAAGCUAGUCAGGGACAUCACUCAAACCCUCUGUCCCCAGGACAUGACCAACCGAACAGAAAUGGGCCUCUUGGGAAGCUCCGCACUCUGCUGGUGGUUGGGUUGGAUGCUGUGCACUAUGUACAUCUGGUUCCUCCAGGAUCAGCGCAUCGAGAGGACCCAGGACCUGUUUGUGCGGAGGAUGUACGAGGGGCCCUUUCUGGAAGCAGUCCACACUGCUCAACACACGUUUUGA